AUGAAUAAUGCCCUACAACUUGUAAAUAAUGUAUAGAUAAUUAAUGUUAAUAAUGCUAAUAAGGAUAUAUAGCUAUUAAACAUCCUCAAGAUUAACAUAUAAGAUAUUGCUUAUCUUGUAAAAUAAGGGGUUGUAUUUAGUAAAAAUAAAAAAAAAUUUAAAUAAAUAAUUUAAAAUAAUAAUUAAAGAUGCGAAUAAAGUGGAAAAUGUAUAUAAUGUGAUGAUUCAUUUUACUUAAAAAAAUAAACAUGUUUAUUAUGUGAAAUUUAAUAUUGUAAAAAGUGUUAAAAAGAGACAGGAAUAUGUUAAAAAUGUCUACCAGAAUACGAUUUAAAAGAUGGAAAAUGUAUAAACAAAGACAAUAAAUGUAUUGACUAUCCUAAUUACUGUUAUGAUAACAAAUAAGAAUAAUGUUUGCGUUGCAAAAAUAUUUGUAUUUAUUGCACAUAAAUUGGUAAUUAUCUUUAAUGUGAAGAAUAACAUUAAUUAAGUUAAUAAUAUAAGGAAUGUAUUUAAUGUUAAUAAAAUUGUUGGUAAUGUACUUAACAAUAGUGUUUAAAAUGUAAUCAAAAUUUUGAGCUUUAAAACUAAUAGUGUGUAAAAAUAGUUGACUUUUGUGGUGAAGGCGAAUUUUUUGAUGGACAUUCAUGCUCGUUUUGUCCUUCUAAUUGUUUAAAAUGUUCCGAUUAUAAUACAUGUUUAGAAUGCUAUGAUGAAUUGAAUUUUGUAUUGAUUACAUAAGAUUAAAGAGCCUUUUGUAAAGAAAAGUGCGAUUAAAAUUAAUACGUGCCUUUAGAGAAUUAAGAAUUUAUUUUUAUGACAAAAGGACUUCCUGUAAAGAUGGAAAAUGAAAGAACAUUAGAUUGUAAAUAAUGUAAUAAUUAAUAAAAUCAAUGUCUUUAGUGCAGUGGGUUAAGUGAUUUUUGCAUUUAAUGUUAGCCAGGCUUAUAUUUAUUUUAAGGAACAUGCUAUAAAGAUAAAUGUCCUCCUGAUACUUAUAAAGAAGAGGGACAAUUUAUUUGUAAAAAAUGUUUUUAAUCUACUUAAUAAUUAAAAUCUAAAUUUGAUAAUUGUAUAAAAUAAGAUGAUAUAUUAGAAAACAAUUUAUUUGUUUUGAAUGAUUUUGUGCUUUAAUAAUGCCCUUGGAGUACGGUUGAAUAAUAUAAUAAUUGUUUACCUUUAAAUGAUUGUGAAAGUAUAAUAUAUAAUCCAAAUAUAAAUAAUGCUUGGUGUACAUAAUGCAAAUAAAAAAGUUAAUUUUCUUAUUUUGGAUAGUGUCUAGAUAAAUGCCCUGAAGAAACAACUUUAAUAAAUGGCAAUUGUAUUUAAAAAGAGUUUUAUAACUAAAAAUAAAAAUUCGAAAAUAGUUAAAUGCAUGAUAUAUUGUUUAAUGGAUUUUAUUUAACAACAAAAUCUUUAAAAGAUGUAAAAAUUAUAUCCGAAUAAAUAAUCUAAUUAAUAGGAAAUUUUAAAUAAGUGGACUUAGAAAUCGAAUAGGAUAUAAAUUUUGAUAAAUAAGAUUUAAGAAAAAAUAAAGUUAAUAAUUAGUGUGAUUCUAAUUUUUGUAGUAAUAAAGGAAUUUGUAAAAAAUUUUUUUCAUCAUAUUUUGAAAUGUGCGAUUGUUCAUCAGAUUUUACAGGUAUAUUUUAAUUUGAACAAUUUUUAUACUAAUAUUAUUUAUACAAAAGGAUAGUUUUGUUAAAUUUCUAAGAAAAACAUAGAAGACUAUCAAAAUUUGCUUAUGUUUUAUAUAGAUUCUUUAAUUUAAGGAUUUAGUUAUUUUUAAAAAAGAUUGCUUAAUGA